ACGGGAAACCCAAAAAAAGAGCUGUGAAGGAGGGGGGGAAAGGGGCGGAGGGGGGCGACGUCGCCGCGGCCGGAGGCGACGGGGAUGAGUCGGAAGGAGGCAGAGCCGGCAGAAGGGGAUGGGUCUUCUGCGUCGGGUGCGGAUGAGGGAGGAAGUGGCAGUGGCAGUGGCGGAGAGCUGGCGGAUGCGCUCGCGCGGCGGCGUUUGUACCGGGAGGUGACACUGGCGCUGCGCUCGGGGCUGCGUGAUGCCAAGGCGGACUUCUCCUUCCUCCGCGAGCGUGGUCUCCGCAGCCUCCUCGGUUUUCUUCGCUCCACGGCAUCCGCGGCCGACGACGCGCGGCUGCUCCUUUUCCGCCACUCCCAAUCCAUCCCCGAUCUCCAAGUUGUUCCUGUUCUCUUCCAGAAUUCAUUGCAUCAACCGAAGGAAGAUCCUGUUGUGACGUUGGAUCAUAUUUUUGGAACCGAACCAAUGAGGAUUACAAGCCCCUCAACAGAUUCUGAAAUUGCUCUUGCUCUUAGAGUCUUGGAAGGCUGUUGCCUUUUAUAUAGCCGAUGCACAGCUCUAGCCCACAAAUACAAGGCUGUGAAGGUGCUCUUGAAUAUAUUAGCCAGCCGAGGUCCAACUGAGCAAGGAGUGUGCUUGGACGCACUGAUAUCAGUGAUGUUGGAGUCACCCUCAAAUCAGAUGGAUUUUGAGGAAUACAGUGGGCUCGAAAAGGUUGCUGAACUUUUAAAGGAUGUGCAAGUAGAAAAGCAUAUAAGAUUGAAAUGCGGGGAGUUCCUAUUGUUGCUCAUUGGCCAUGUUUAUGUGAAGGAAAACUCUCCCAUACAUGAACAAAUGAAAAAUCUAUUUGGUGAGCAGUGCGCAUCACUCAUAUGGGCAGCAAGCCGGUUCGGCUCCACCCUUGACGCAGAGCAAAGGCAGAUGACUUUGCAAAUACAAGCAAUGAGAGUUGUCGAAUCCUUGGAGCCCUACUAAGCCUGCUGCCUCUGUGUAUGUUCCUUAUGAUGAGUGAUGAUGAUUUGACGACUCUGAUCUCAGCUGCUUGCUCCAUUUUGUUCAUGGCAAGCUUUGUUGUCAUUUUCCUCUGUGUAAAGCCAUUCUUAUUGUGCCCUUUGAGCAAGCUUUGUUUAAAGGGUUGUAGUUCCAUUUGAGGGUCAUUGAACUAGGAAGGCCAUGGAUGAUGGAUUACCAACAAGAUUUUGAUAGAUGGGACUUCCAGAUAUCCAUAUCAUGUGGUAGAUAUGAGUGAUUGUACCUGUGAUUUUGAAUAAGAGUGGUUAAUCCUAAGUACUAGUCGUGAAUGUUUUUUGAUCCCUUCACUGAUUAAAAGGAAUAGAGCCAGAUUCUGCACA